AUGGAGGUGGACCAUAAGUUCUUCAAUGUUGGUCUCCUAGUCGUUGUGACUAUUAUCGUGGCAAAACUAGUAUCGGCACUUGUAACGCCCAAAUCAAAGAAACGCCUACCGCCGGUUGUCAAAUCCUGGCCGGUCUUUGGCGGACUGGUCCGUUUCUUGAAAGGACCCGUGGUGAUGCUCAGAGAGGAAUACCCCAAGCUUGGGAGUGUUUUCACUCUAAAUCUGUUGAACAAGAAUAUCACUUUCUUCAUUGGCCCAGAGGUCUCUGCCCAUUUCUUUAAGGCGUCGGAGUCCGAUCUCAGUCAGCAAGAGGUGUACCAGUUCAAUGUGCCCACUUUCGGGCCUGGGGUAGUCUUCGAUGUUGAUUACUCCAUAAGGCAAGAGCAGUUCAGAUUCUUCACAGAGUCUCUGAGAGUCAAUAAAUUGAAGGGUUAUGUGGAUCAGAUGGUUAUGGAAGCUGAGGAAUACUUCUCAAAAUGGGGGAACAGUGGUGAGGUGGACAUAAAAUAUGAACUGGAGCAUCUAAUUAUCAUAACAGCCAGUAGAUGCCUUUUGGGUGAAGAAGUUCGUAAUAAGCUCUUUGAUGAUGUGUCGGCUCUCUUCCAUGAUCUUGAUAGUGGUAUGCUCCCCAUCAGUGUUAUCUUCCCAUACCUUCCUAUCCCAGCCCACAGCCGUCGUGACCAAGCUCGCAAGAAGCUUGCAGAUAUAUUUGCUACCAUUAUAGCUUCUCGUAAACAAACUGGCAAGUCAGAAAAUGACAUGUUACAAUGCUUUAUGGAAUCCAAGUACAAAGAUGGUCGCCAAACAACCGAGUCUGAGGUCACUGGUCUGCUUAUUGCUGCUCUCUUUGCCGGUCAGCACACUAGUUCCAUCACUUCCACUUGGACUGGGGCAUACCUCCUCCGUCACAAGGAAUACAUGACUGCUGUGUUAGAUGAGCAGAAGAACCUGAUGAGAAAGCAUGGGAACAAGGUUGAUCAUGNAUCAAAUUACCCGGGACUCUUCAUUACUUUAAGGAGUUUGUGGGCUCAAGUGGGCACAGUAUUUUUCAAGUCUUAA